UUGAACACGCCUCAAUGGUCACGCAUUGAAAUUGCCUGUCGGAGAAUCAAAAAAGGAGCAGCUGAUGAAAUGAGCGUCACAUGCUCGGACAAGUUAUUAACCAAACGCCUGGCAACCGACGAGGAGAAACAAGUCUAGACUCACCACACAUUCUACAAUCUCCUAUCCACGCUCAUCAUGGCUCAUCCUCUACUGCUGCUGGUGCUAAGCGCCUCUCUGGUCGCCUCGGCUCAAGGAUAUCUCAACAUUUUCAUCAGUCACCACGAGGUGAUGAAGCUAAUGGGACUGGAGGCUGAUUUGUUCUAUGUGCACGAGGGAGCCAUUAACACAUACGCGAUGCACUUCACAGUUCCCGUGCCAGCCGAUGUCCACGAACUCGAGUUCUCCUGGCAGAGUCUCAUCCCCUAUCCGCUACGCUACACCAUCAGCAUAGAGUACGCCAACGACCAGGAUGCACUUGGCACUCCCACGCUGAGCAUUCCGCACAAGGGCCUGGUGCCGCAGGAGAUCGAGUCAUUCCUCGUCUACCUGCCAUGCACUGGUAACGCCAGCCUUCAACUGCCAGUCAACGUUAACAUGGUCGUCCAAGGACCGCCCCGCUUCAACGACACCCGCCUCCACUUUAAGCGCAACAAGAUCUGUGCCAAGGGCAUCUCCCCUGAGCCGAACCAGUCGCCUGCCCCAGCACACGCUCCUUCCCAAGGACCUGCUCUAAUGAGCGCUGCGGCCUGUGCUUUGGGCUUGGUGCUGGCCGUAGGCCUUGUGGCCAGCAUGAUGUAUGUGCGAGCCCGCAAGCAACUGCGCCAGGACUCACUGCACACUAGCUUUACGACAGCGGGUUAUGGCAGUCACCAGAACGUGUUCAUUCGACUUGAUCCUCUUGGGCGGCCACCAAGUGCCACUGGCUCCUAUGCAACCAUCGCCAGCCUUAACAAAUAUCCGCCGGAGACUAAAAAAUCUUGCAGCAUUUUCGACCGAUUCCGAAGCUCACCCACUGCCACGCCCACACCUUAUGCCACCGCCCUGCUGCCAAUGGGCGACCAAAGUGGCGAGACCAUUUACUCCAAGCCUGAAUCGGUGUGUCCCUCGAGGAUUUCCUACUACGCCUCCUCGCAGCUAACCCAGCGAAAGUUUCCCAAAUGGCAACAGUUACAACAAUUACAGCAGCUGGAACAACUACAAAUAGUCGUGGGGGCGGAGAAGUGA